GGCUAGGUGUUGAUUAUGUUGAGGAUAAAACUUGGUUUUACCAUUUGGCCACAUGCGACAUGUUUAUGAACGACUCGCAUAUGAACACCAUAUUCUAUUACCUUCGGAAAAAAGGUAAGUAUUCUUCCGCUGUGACGUUGAAUUUCGCAACUACUGAUUGUCUUUUUGAUGAUUCCAUCCAAGCAUUGUACCACAAAUUUAACAAGGCCAAGUCAAUGAAGACUAAGAUGUCACACAUUCACGCUGCCCACCCAAUUGCGCAUUACAUCCGAGGUAUGCGCAUUCCCUGUUCCAAGCCUUGGUAUGAAGCCGAUCACGUGCUUUUCAUCAUCAAUUUAAGAAGGGAAAGUCAUUGGGUUUUUGGGCGUCUUGACGUGAACGAAGGGACGUUGUUUCUGUACAAUUCUUUGAGAACCGCGAAGAUGAAUGCCGCAGCUAGGAAUGCGAUGAAGGCUUAUUCCGUGUUGCUGCCUUUGUUUUUCGAUUUACUUGGGUUCUGGAAGAAUAGAGCACAAGCUCCUGCCUCAGUUUCUGACCCUACAGCUCCAUUCAGAAUCGUGGAGCUUAGUGGUCUUGCGUCUCAGCAGAAGAAUGAUUGUGGAGCAUAUGUUGCUGCCUUUGCUGAAUUCUUUAUACACGGAAAGGAUGUCCCUGCAGACUUUGACAUCGAAGUUUAUCGAACCCGACUUGCUUCACUUUUCUACUCGUACGGACAAAGGAAAAUUGACGAAAGUAUUGACAGCGAGGAUGAGAAGCAAACCAAGUCUUCUAAGGCAUCUAAAUUGAAGAAAUAGGAUCUUUUAAUUUGGUGGCUCUAUUCUGUUAUUUGUUGAAUCUAUUUACUUGACAAGUUUUAGUGUUGUUGUUUCAAUGUAGGUAUUAUAUUUGAUUUUAUACUAUGUAGCUGGUUUAAAACUUUUAGGAUAUUUGACAUUCACUCCUUAUAAUAUCUUUAUUGUAUAGGUUUGUAUUUCCCAAAGUUGUUUGUUUUUUUUAAUUGUUCAAGUUCUUAUAUACGGUCGCACAACUAUAGAGAAACUAUUAACCAACUAAAUACAAACUAUGUUUUCAUUUUUCCUAAA